AUGGGCCAUCAUGGAAAGACUAUUGCUGCCACAGAGUUGUUCGCCCAAGUCAGUUCCGCAUGCUGCGUUAUUCUGCUGCCUGUUAUAUCUAGCACUGUCCUUCAUUCGCCGAGGUGCCAGGUAGGAUUGCCUCCCCAUCUUACAGGGUUAUAUUUUCGAGGGCGGAUCCUUCGCGCCAUUCUGACUGGACAAACACUUGGAAUUGUAGGGGUAUCCUUGUAA